AUGAUGAUAACUGCCUACACAGCGAUGCCCUCUAGCGUAUACCUAUCAUCGCCCCAAUCUCCCCCAGAAUCCCUUCACUGUCUGUCCACAACUGUACUACUCCCAUGGAGAAGCAGCAACACCGUCUGUGGAUCAGUUCGUUUUGCAGCCUAGGUGUAUAGCAGGCUGUAUUUCACGCCCAAACGCAGGUGAAGGAAUGUCGCUCCCGUGAAAAGGUCAAUAUGUCUACUAAAGGACAUCUACAGACCACCAUCACCCUGCUGCACGACACCCUGAGACCCUCCUCAGACACCUGGCCAAUCGCUGGCUCUGAACAGAGUUGCCAUGGACACUGAGUCUAUCCAGUCUGGCUACUCCAGCCACUCCAACAGAUCUAACAUACACGGGGUACAGAGUCGGCGUGAGCAUCAUAAACUUAGCAGUAAGGACAGUAGCCGGUCGGAGAGGUCUGUCAUCAACACCCCCGAUGGGCCCACUCAGGCCCCCACCCACAACAACGAGCCCCUGCUGAAAGACCCCACCUCCGUGACUGGAGACGAGGCUCCCAGCCUCCAGGAUGAUAACUGGGGGGAGACCACCACGGCAGUGACCGGCACCUCAGAGCUCAGUCUAUCCCAGGAGGAGGUGGUUGGUCUGUGGAAGGUACCGGACGACGGCCAGAGGCAGGGCUGUCGGCUCUACACUCCCGUGGUUCUGGGCUUCUGUGUGGGGCUAGUGGUCCUGGCAACCCCCCUGGCCUUCCUGGUCCUCCCGGCAGUGCUGUGGCCAGCCAGGCUGCAGGCCUGUGGCUCUGCCUGUGAAGGCCUCUUCCUCUCUGUCUCCUGUAAACUCCUCAUUCUCCUGCUUGCUGUUUGGGCUAUCUUCCUGCGCCAGGCCAGUGCCAGCCUGCCCAGAGUGUGUGUGUAUCGAGCCCUCCUGGCCAUGCUCACGCUGCUGCUCACACUCUCCUACAUGCUGUUCUAUGGGGUCCGCAUCCUCGACUCACAGGAUGAGGACUACCAAGGUAUCGUCCAGUUUGCUGUGUCUCUGGUGGACUCUCUGCUGUUUGUCCACUACCUGGCCAUCGUACUGCUAGAGAUCAGACACCUCCAGCCCUGCUACAGCCUGUGUGUUAUACGCUCCACUGACGGGGAGACAAGCUGCUACAACCUGGGACAGCUCAGUAUUCAGAGGGCAGCUCUGUCUCUGCUAGAGUUCUACUACAGAGACUUUCCUCUUCAUAACCCCGCCCUUCUCUCCGCCUCAAAGCACCGUGCCGCCAACCACCUGGCUGGCCUCAAGGUCUACACCGUGGAUGGCCCAGGGAACCCGGCGGAGCCGGCAGAGGGGUCGGGGGGACUGAAGGUGGGGGGCAAGUCUCGGACCAUGAUCUCUGCAGCAGCCAGGCACAAAAACACCACUCAUAACGAGCUUUACUACGAAGAGGCAGACUAUGACAGACGAGUCUGCAAACGCAGAGCCAGGCUAGUGGUGGCUGUGGAGGAGGCCUUCAUGCAUGUGAGGCGGAUGCAGCAGGAGGAGCAGAAAGUGUCCCCCGGGGAUGUGAUGGAUGUACGGGAGGCAGCCUCGGCCAUCUUCCCCUCCAUUGCCCGCACCCUGCAAAAAUACCUCCGAACCACCAGGAGGCAGCACUGCCACAGCAUGGACAGCAUCCAGAGACACCUGGCCUUCUGCCUCACACACAACAUGAGCCCCAAGGCAUUCCUGGAGGCCUAUCUGUCCCCUGGUCCUACGCUGCAGUACGGUCAAGAGCGCUGGAUGGCCGAUCAGUGGACUCUGGUCAGCGAGGCUGCGGUCACCAGCGGUCUAAAGGAGGGCAUGGUCUUCUCCCUUAGGUGUCUAGACUUCAGCCUAGUGGUCACGGUCAAGUCCAUCCCCUACAUUCGAAUGACCGAGGAGUACGUUGACCCCAAGUCACACAAGUUUACCCUGUGUCUCCAAUCUGAAACAUCAGUCUAACAGACACGAAAGACUGUGGCUGUUCUAGAAUUACAGUAUCUUACCAUUUUGGUAUGUUUUUUGUUUUGUGUUUCUUAAACCCUUUUUUACUUUGAUAUGCUAUUAUUGUGGUAUUUUGUGUCUCUUAAAUUAUUUAUAUUACUGUUUUUUUUUUUUGGGCUGCUUUGCAAUUUUUCUUUUUUUUAUUGUAUGUGUUUUUUAUGAACAGAUGCAUAUGGGAUAUUGCAAGAUGAAGUGUUAGCAUAGUUAAUAAACCCUAUGGUUCCCCAGCCUAUAGCUCCUUUGCAGUGAAGAUGAGACAGAUAGUGAGAGAUAGGCAAUAUGCUCUGGUUUCUAUUGUCCUGAGGAAAACUGGAACACUGGAUUAUGUCAAGGUUUUUUCUAUGCACUGUAGAUGACCCCUGCAGCAUUUUUGUUCUCCCUCUCUGUGUGUGUGUGUGUGUGUGUGUGUGUGUGUGUGUGUGUAUGUGUGUGUGUGUGUGUGUGUGUGUGUGUGUGUGUGUGUGUGUGUGUGUGUGUGUGUGUGUGUGUGUGUGUGUGUGUGUGUGUGUGUGUGUGUGUGUGUGUGUGUGUGUGUGUGUACACAAGCUGUAUCUACACACAAUCUGGCUCUACAUGUACCUGUCUCUGGAUCCUCCCUAGGGUUGCUAUAGCAACAGUGAGUAUUUUCAUAUGGUCUGCCCAUCUAAUAUGAAUGAAAUACUACCUAAUCAUCAACAGUUCAGGUUCAGUUGUCUCAAACUAAAGACUGCUUGUCUUUACCGCCAAUGGAUUGGACAUGUGUUUGUAUUUAUUUAAACCUGUGGGUUAUUUCCAUUUAAUUGAUACAUGUCUUACUUGUCUGACUGCCCACAGUUAUGUUCAGUCAUUGUACUACCCAGGAUUCCUAGACAUAUCUGUAAGAGGUUGUCAGAAUCUGUUGUACUCAAACCCAAAGCGGACUAUUGCUAGAUACUGUCCUCUAACCAUGAACUCACUGUUGAGAAAACAAACAAGCUGGGAGGGUG